AUGGAAGAUAGACCAAGGUGGAAUCUUGAUGAUUCCAGUGGUAGUGGCAAUCCUGGGCGGAUAACAUCUCCUGGUCUGACCCGCAGGAAUAUUGCCAACAGUGGCGGACAUGGUGGCCCUCCACAAAUGAGCUAUGAUCCAACAAACAACAUGAACAAUAUCAACAUCAACAACAAUAACAAUAACUACAAUAACAACAACUACAAUAAUAAUAAUAAUAAUUUUGGAAACAGUAUGAGUAGCAAUCAAAGUGGUGGAGGUGGAGAAUGGGACAUGGGACUGUCGCACACUGGAAUAUUCCCUCACACAAGAGGUGACAAGGAUGAUCAUACUAUGCUCAGGGCUUCACAAAAGGCAUCAUCGUUCUUCCCCAUCAGAGAGGGAGACGCUUCGGCUCACGCUCAACACGAGACCGAGUUGGAGAAGAAGCUCAAGGAGGCUCAGGCCACAAAGAACAGGACCGGAAUGUUUGUCUACGCCAAACAUCUAUUCUACAGUAUCCCUCACAAGAAGAAGGAGAGCGUUGACAUCCUCAGUGACAUAUCAUUCCUGCUCAAGCCCAAGGAGAUGACACUGAUCCUUGGUUCGCCAGGUUGUGGAAAGACUGCCCUCUUCAAGACUCUCGCGGGCCAAGUCAAGGCAGACAAACUACGUGGCGACCUCCUCUUCAAUGGCCGUCCGAUAAACUAUCACAACCAUCAUCGCGAGUUGUCAAUGGUCACACAAGAUGAUGAUCAUUAUGCCCUGUUGACUGUUAAGGAAACAGUUAGAUUCGCGUUGGACUGCACUGGAGACCCGCUACUUACCGCGGCAGAAAAGGAGGAGCGUGUGGAGAUAUUGUUGAGAACAAUGGGACUGGACCAUGUCAAGAAUACGCUGGUCGGUGAUAACUUGGUGCGUGGUGUAUCUGGUGGCCAGAAGAAGCGUGUGACAAUCAGCACCAGCAUCAUUAAGGGUGCGGACCUGAUACUGAUGGAUGAGCCAACCACGGGUCUGGACAGUUCGACCGCCUACGAUCUGUUAUGUACCGUGCGCAAGUUUGUAGACAUCCUCAACGUGACGGCAUUGGUCACACUGCUCCAGCCUAGUGCACAGCUCUCUUCACUCUUUGACAAUCUGAUCAUCCUGACCGAGGGCAAGAUCGCCUACUUUGGACCUAUGAGUGAGGCACUGGACUACUUCGAGUCUCUUGGAUUCAUUUGUCCCAAACACAGCAACCCAUCAGAGUUCUUCCAGGAGAUUGUUGAUGACCCAGCCAGAUAUUCAUACCAUCGUCCACCGAGAUGCCAGACUCCUGAUGACUUUGUGAAUGCAUACCGUGCAUCACCAUUGUAUCAAAGUGUCCUGGCGACUAUUGACGCCAAUCCAAGUGGCGUGUUGCCACCUCGUACCAAGGAGGACUUUAGUGACAACACCGACCUGCCAAAGUUCGCACAGCCAAUGUACAAGCAGACAUUCUUCACUGUCAAGCGUGGAUUCAUCAUGGCCAAGAGGAACUACAUCAAUGACUUGGUUAGGAUAUUGAAGGGCACGAUCGUGGGCUGCAUCCUCGGUUUCCUUUUCUACCGUCUCGAUCACAACCAGUUGGGUGGCCAGAACAGGUUCGGUCUGAUCUUCUUUGCCAUGACAUUCAUCAUCUUCUCAUCUUUCGGUGCGCUCCAGGAGUUCUUCCAACAUCGACACAUGUUCAAUGUACAGCGGAAGGCGUACUACUAUGGCACUCUACCAUUCUUCACGUCCAACAUGACCUACGAUCUUCCAGCCAGAAUCAUCGAAAUCCUAGUAUUUGCCUCAAUCGUCUACUGGGUGAGCAACAUGCGUGCAACCUUUGUACGCUUUGGAUAUUGGUUAAUCAUGUUCCUUUUAGUUGAUCAAUUGUCGGUUGCCUUUAUUAAGAUGUUCUCAUCGUUCUCUCCAAAUGUAGCCAUUGGAAAUGUGAUAUCUGGUGCGGUAAUGGGUAUAUUCUUGCUCGUGUCUGGUUUCAUGGCGCCAAGGAAUGUCACACCAGGAUGGUGGAUAUGGCUGUACUACUUGUCUCCAUACACCUAUGUCUUCCAGGGAUUGGCCAUCAAUGAGUUCCAGGGCCAGCCAUACCAUUGCAAGACCAAGGAGUACGUCCCACCAAUCGGUUACCCACUUCUCAACGUGUCCGUGGCCGAUGGCGGUUAUGGCGGUGCCCAAGCCUGCCAGUACACCCAUGGAGAGCAGUUCCUACGUCUCUUUGGAAUGCACACCAACAAUGGAUACAAGUACAUUUGUAUUGUGAUCGUAGCAAUCUUCACAAUAUUCUGUACCUUUGUCGCAUUCCUCGGCAUGCACUUCAUCCGCUUCAAUACCAAGCCCAAGGAUCAGAAGCGCAUUCCUGUCAAGGGAUUCCUCGGCUACCUCGGCAUGACAGAGUCCAUCGAAAAGUCCAACGCCAGCCGCAAAUUGAAGCGCGCAUCCAAGCUUAGCAAGGGCAGUGAUCACUCCGCAGUUCAAACAGACAAUGCAGGAAACAUUAUAAUACCACCCAAUGGAGAUCCUACGACGGGGGCCGCGCGUCAGAGCCGCUCGGACACCACCGCGGCGGCAGCAGGCUCAUCAUCAGGCGCGAUCACAGGUGAUGGAAGCUACAUAUCAUUCGACACACUGUCAUACGCUGUGGACUAUCAAAAGCCGGACGAGAACAAUCCAAAGAAGAAGGUCAAGGUCAAGUUGCAACUCUUGGACAAGAUAUCCGGAUAUGCCAAACCAGGUGAGAUGUUGGCGCUGAUGGGUCCUUCUGGCGCUGGAAAGAGUACACUGUUGGAUGUUAUUGCAGGAAGAAAGACUGGAGGAUACAUUGACGGCCAGAUCCUCGUCAAUGGCAAGCCCAAGGACAAAUUCUUCACACGUGGCGCUGCAUACAUUGAGCAACAGGACAUCUUGCCACCCACACAAACAGUGCGCGAAGCCAUCAUGUUCAGUGCCAACCUUCGUCUUGACCCAACAGUUCGCACACCUCAGGAUCGCGCCAAUAUGGUUGAUCGUAUCAUCAACAUUCUCAUGCUCACCAAGAUCAAGGACCUACCCAUUGGUUUGCUGGGCGAUGGUAUCUCGCUGUCCCAAAGAAAGCGUGUCAACAUUGGAGUGGAGCUGGCAAGUGGACCCGAGAUCAUCUUCCUUGAUGAGCCAACCUCUGGUCUGGACUCAGGUGCCGCCUACAAGGUGAUCAAGUUGGUGAGUCGUGUGGCCAAGAACUUCAAGAGGACAAUCAUCUGCACGAUCCAUCAGCCUUCAGUGUCCAUCUUUGAGAAGUUUGACAAGUUACUCCUGCUGAAGAAGGGUGGCGAGACCAUCUACUUUGGUCCACUCGGUCACAACAGUGAGACUGUGCUCAGUUUCUUUGCACGAUCAAACAUGCACAUUGCUCCUCAUUACAACCCUGCAGACUUUGUGCUGGAGGUUGCCGAUGGCACUAGGAAGCCUGUCGAUCCCGCUGGCAACCCCAUACCAUACGACCCAGUGGAAGAGUACAAACAAUCACAAUACGCCACGACCACACAAGAUGAGCUGCGUGCUGGCAUCCUGCCACCCAACUACACGUCCAAGGUGUACACGGAGGAGUUCGCCGUUGGCUGGGCCACCCAGUUCCGCCAUCUCCAGAAGCGUGCCUUCAUCAGCAGAUUGCGUCGUCCGAUGAUCAUCGCAUCCAACAUCAUGCGUUCAAUCGUCCUGUCCGUUCUCAUUGGUACACUCUUUGUCAACCUUGGCCGUGAGCAACAAGAUGCCAGAAGUCUUGUCGCCAUCAUUUUCUUCUCCCUGCUCUUUGGAGGAAUGUGUGCCAUUGCCAUCAUCCCCGUGGUGUGUCUCGAGCGAUCAGUAUAUUACCGUGAGCGAUCGGCUGGAUUCUAUCGUGUGUCGCCCUACAUGCUCACGUACCUGAUCUCGGGCUAUCCGUUCCUGUUCCUGGCGGUGGUAGCCUAUGUCGUGCCAGUAUUCUUCAUCACGGAUAUGAACGGAGGGCACAGUCAAAAGUUCUUCUUCUUCCUGUUCAUCCUGUUCAUCGUGUACAUCACGAUGGACAUGAUCGCCUUCUUCCUAUCGAGCGCGAUGCCUAACGAUGUGGUGGCCACACUGAUCAUGGGUGUGAUGCUGUCGCUCUCAUCACUGUUUGCAGGUUUCAUGAUUCCUCGGCCAAGUAUAGCCAAAGGUUGGCUGUUCCUACAUUACAUGGACGUCAUCAGGUAUCCGUUCGAAGCAUUGGCCACCGACCAGUUUGACGGGUCACACUACAAGUGUACCAAUAACAAGGGAGCGGUUCCUGUCAAUCUCAAUGUCACACCAGAGCAAGUCAAAUGGUUCUGUCCAAUCCAAGAUGGCACCCAAUAUCUGGAAAGCUAUGGAUUCCAUCGUUAUCUUCGUUACAUUGACAUUGGAAUCAUGUUUGGAUUCUACUUCAUCUUCUUCAUCGGUUCAUACCUGGCACUAAAGUUCAUCAGAUGGCAAGUCAGAUAA